GGUGGGGGUGGAAUGCACCUCGUCAUUCAAUUUGCGACCUUAUUUGGGUAGGCCUAACAGCGGAGAUCUUGCACCACAAGCUCACAGCUCGAACUCGUACAAUGUCAAUACGUCCGAGUCAGCCUGGGUAUCGAUACCCGCAACUCUGUCGAUAUCAGGUGUGCCCUCUUUGCAGAGGAAUAAAUCCAAGCGGUGCGCCUUCUAGUUCCUCAGCAGAUCUAAUAUUGAGCCUUUAUGCACUCCCACAGCAGUGCGUACCCACGACCGUGAAUCAUGACGAAACGGGACGGGCUUGUUUACCCACCACGUAUGUAUCAUACGUCCACGCACGGCGCUACAGACGUGGCAUGCCACGUCCGCUCAUCGAUAUCAUCACAAGUGGGAUGACUUCAUGAUGAGUGUUUCGUCACCAACAUAAUUCCCCAUUUGCUGUGGCAACAGAGCCACCCCACCCCUCUACACCUUCCAGCCAUUUGCAGAUCGAUAGGCCACCACUUUAAAAAGGUUGCAUACAUUCGGAGGUGCUAGGGACGUCGGAGGACUAAAGAGAAGUCCAGAUUCCCCUCUCCGAC